CCCUGAAUAAGUAGCGGCUAAGAGACAGCUGUGUGCUGUUUCUCGAAGGAGGGGUUUUGUUUGGCAAGCGAAACGCCCAUUCACAAUCCAAACCAAUGACAGUGUCCUGCUCGUCGCUGAACUCGAACCCUCAUCUACAGUCUGGGAGCAAAGCCUCACGAGGUGCGACCUUCCUCAUUCCGGCUGUCCAACCAGCGCGUAAGAAGCAAUCCUCUGCAUUUGCUUUUUUGUCCCUCUUUCAUUGGUUUUGUCACGCAUGUAGCAUCGGAAUAGUCCACUCGCCCGCAGACUCGGGACUUGGAGCUGGUUGCUGUGUCACACGGCGGGAGAAAACGCCUCUGAUUUGUGCGGGGACGCGACUCCCCCCAACCCCCCGGCCUCGCUCGUCUUACAGCACUGAGAGGACACACGACUCCGGAUUUGCUCCAGAAAGGCGCCCGCAAGACUACAAUGAGAAACCACUCGCCUUCUUGAUUUCUUUUUUUUUGUUAAAUUGCUUUGAAAAGUUACUAGAAAUUUUAAUUCAACGACGUGGACUUCUAGUGAGAACAACGGACAUACGAGAUUUAUUUCUUGUUUAUAUGCUGAUUAUUUGAAUUCACCCUGAAUGGCUUUCUGUGUGCAGACCAGUAGACGAGUAAGUUUUCUUCACUUUUGGAUGUAAUAGUCCCAUUUUUAUUUGUUUAUUUUUACCUGGAGCGCCGAUGUUGGAUCAUUCACUGAUUUCGCUCUCGUUUGGAUUAUUUGUUGCCAUCACGUCAAGUGCAAUGUGUAACAGUCAAAGCUGACGCGCUUGUUGCUCCAAGAGGGCUACAUCAUCCAACGGGAUUUCGAUCGGGUAGCAACACCUAUAGCACCCCUGAUACGGAAUUACCCUCUGUCCGCAUUCUCCCAUCAGUUUUGUUAUCGGCUGAUUCACAUUAUUUUCGUGAUCGCCCAUGGUUACUGAGGAAUGUGUGACUUUUUCAAGUGAUCGUAAACCCGACAGUAGCGUCCGAUAGAAGUCACUCUGCACCUGGAAGAGCGGUAUCGGCAGCCGAUUAUCAAGAUAAACAGUGCAAGGCAACACAUGCGACUAUUAGCGAUAGAUAAGGCUACAGAUGUGAAUGCCCUUUGAUCAGUUCUAGCUGAAGUUGCGCUCCGGCGGAAGGCGGCAUAGAGGAGGAUCGCGGAUCCGACUUCAGUAGCGAUGCUGCAAAUGGACAUGAUAAUAUUCGUGUCUCUGGUCCUGUGGAUGUGUGUUUUCAGUCAGGAACCGGCUUCCAAGGUGGUUGCCGACCGCUACGCCGUCUACUGGAACCGCACAAACCCCAGGUUCUACCGUGGCGAUUACCUCAUCGACGUGUGCAUAAACGACUACCUGGACGUGUACUGCCCGCACUACGAGGACUCUGUUCCCCUGGAGCAGGCCGAGCACUACGUCCUGUACAUGGUGAACUACGACGGCUACACCGUGUGCGACCACAACUCCAAGGGCUUCAAGCGCUGGGAGUGCAACCGGCCGCACUCCCCCAACGGCCCGCUCAAGUUCUCCGAGAAGUUCCAGCUCUUCACCCCGUUCUCGCUGGGCUUCGAGUUCCGGCCGGGCCGGGAGUACUACUACAUCUCCUCCACCAUCGCAGAGAAUGGCCGGAGAACCUGCUUGAAGCUGAAGGUUUUCGUCCGACCGUCGAAUGGCUGUGUGAAAACCGUAGGCGUUCACGAUCACGUUUUUGAUGUCGACAAAGUGGACAAUUCCUUAGAGCCACGUGACGACACCAGUCACGAGUCGGCCGAGCCAUCCCGGAGCGAUGUGAACGCGACCGGGUGCCCCCGGACAGGCUGGCCCCUGCUGGGCCCCGUUCUGCUGCUUUUGGCUGUGCUCUCCGGGUUAUAGCACCCCCAGCUGGUCGGAGGAGUGCAGCGCAUGGCCUGCUGGGCGCUCGUGUGCACAUCGCCCCCCCUCCCCACCAGCCACCUGACGGUGGGGGGCGGGGGGGGGGGGGAGUGGGGGGAAGCUACUCAAGGAACACUCUUUUUAGCGGAUGUUUAAUUUGUCUUUCUGAAGCACUGACAAUUUGAGAUAAAAGCGGAACAGCCAGUCUCUCCCCACGAAGUUCAGUCACCAAAACCACGAGGACGAAACAAUGCCAAAACUGAACUGGAAAGCCCGUGCCUGCACUGGUCAUAUUUUUCUGUGGAAUUUUUUAUUUUGUCAUUAUUAUUUUUUUUGCUGAGUCCCCCUCCCAUCCUCACACACAAACACACACACACACACACACACACACGCACGCAGGUGAACGUGCGCACCGGUGGGUUUCUCCGCUGCGGCGAAGGACGUUUUCGAGCGUCGGGUCGUUGUCGUUCGGAAGAGACGAUAAAGAAAUGGGAACUGACGACGGCUCUGGAAAACAAACCACCUACCGGGAGGAAACAACAACUGGAACUGACCCCUGACCCCUGACCCCUGACCCCUUCUCCCGAGGGGAACGCUUCGAGCCGCCGGGGCGCGUUAGCGAGCGACCGCCCCGAGUCGGGGGAGAGCGGCGGGCAGCGCUCCUGCCUAAUCCUGCGUGGGGCGGGUGCUCGGGCAGCUCUGCGAUUCUCCAUGUUAACUCUGAAGCCUCGGGCUGUUCCGGCACAUGCGUCUAAACCAGAAAUAAGGCCGAAGCUUUCCAGCCUUGCUAUCUUGUCAGACACGCGGUGAACUCCUAUCCGCUCUUCACUCCCCGGGAGAUGAGAGGCCGUGGAGACAACUGCUUUCGGAGAGAGAGAGAGAGAGAAGGAGAGGCAGAGAGAGCAUCUCCAAAUGAACCCCGAGACUCUUUUUUUUUAAGAGCGACGUCCCGAUUUUCGACGGCUCUGAUUAUAUCAAAUCAAGGUGACGCUGUGGCUCUGACUCAUACGCGCGUAAAUAAACAUCUUGAGCCGGAGA